AUGAUCAGGGACUGUGAUAUGAGUGAGGAGAUGCAAAAGGAGGCCGUUCAGCAGGCAGAACGAGCUGUGGAACUGCACACCGUGGAGAAAGAUAUUGCACAAUACAUUAAGAAACAGUUCGACAAGAAAUAUUCCCCACCAUGGCACUGUAUUGUGGGACAAAAUUUUGGAAGCUACGUGACGCAUGAGUCGAAUCAUUUCAUCUACUUCUACGUUGGAAAUCUGGCCAUUCUACUGUUCAAGACCGGUUGA